GCGGAAGUGGAGGCCCCCGCGCACGUGUCUCCUAGGCGACCAGCGGCCGCCGCUGGCGGCGCGGAGCGGCAGCAUGAAGAGGCCUAACAUCCUGCUCACGGGUACUCCAGGUGUUGGGAAAACCACGCUCGGAAAAGAACUUGCAUCAAGAACAGAGAUGACCUAUAUUAAUGUGGGUGACAUGGCAAAGGAAGGAGAAUUGUAUGAAGGUUUUGAUGAGGAAUAUGAUUGUCCAAUUCUGGAUGAAGACAGGGUAAUUGAUGAACUAGAAGAUAAAAUGAGUGAGGGUGGAGUUAUUGUCGAUUAUCAUGGCUGUGAUUUUUUCCCUGAACGGUGGUUUCAUAUAGUAUUUGUACUUCGUACAGAAAAUUCAUUUCUGUAUGACAGACUUGAAAGCAGGGGCUACAGAGGGAAAAAGCUGCAAGACAACAUUCAGUGUGAAAUAUUUCAGACACUUUAUGAGGAAGCUAUGUUGUCAUAUAGAGAGGAAAUUGUACACCAGUUGCCCAGCAACACUCCAGAAGACCUAGAGAGAAAUUUGGAUCAGAUUAUGCAAUGGAUUGAGCAGUGGAUGAAGGACCACAAUUGACAUUUGUUGAAAAAGUAACUCUGUUGGAUCUCUUCCUGGGAGGGUUUAGUAAAUUACAUUUGAAAUUCUUGUCUGAUAAAUUAAAAUUAAAUUUAUUGUCAUUUGAUGUGGUUGAGGACUGAAGGUUCAGAAUAGCCAGGUUGUAAGGCUUUGGAACAGCCUCUGAAGUGCUCUGGGAAAGGCACACAGGAGAACUGGCACACGUGAAAAUUCAACAGUGAAUGAAAGCAUGAAAAUGGCACUGUUGCCCUUAGCAGCAGGGACUACGUUCAAUAACUGAGGAUUUUUUGGAGCUUACCAUUAUAACCAAACCUUUGCCCCCUCCCUAAGAAACCCGUAAAAUCCUGAUGGCAGUUAAGGAGCUUAGGUUUCUGAAGGGCAAGACAGCAUUCUGAGGAGUUAGUCUGCUUCUGAAUUUUAAGCUAAAACUUGCUAUACUCCACUGUAUUCAUGAAUGUGUGGAGUCCGAUGUUGAGUGAGGGGUGUAUGAUAUAGUUUAAGCAGGGUGCUUUAUUUUGGAGGGAAGAGACUUUGUAAGAUAUUUUGAAAUGAUUAUGCAGAACAAGAAUUACGGUGUAAGGUAACACUGUUGUGAAAUCUGCACUGGUGUGAAAUACUAGUAAAUUUUCUUUCUCCUUUUUCUCUGUAUUCUCCAUCACCCAUCCCAAACAUGGAAGAUAUUUACCACUGUAAGUUUAUCAAGGAAAUAUAUAAUUUGGCAGGGUAACAAACUGGCAACAAUUCAGAACAUGGUUACGCUUAAAAUACUGGCAGCCAUCUGUUCUAAUUUCUAGUUAAGACUGGGUCCCAGCAGAGCAGGGAAAUGCAAAGUAGGAAUAACCUUUCUUCACUGAAAAGGUGGCUUGUAAAGCCUUGUGAAUGAUUCUGUAGAAAGUGCUUGCUAAUAAACUUUUCAUAUACACGAGUUUGAAUAGUGAAACUAUUUGCUUGAAAAUUUCUACUGUACAGAGUACAAUGGUCACAUAUUUAAGAUGCUAUUUUUUAUUCCAAAUUUGGUACCGAUUUUUUUGUGAGACUCGUAGAGGAAUUCUGCAUCAGCAAUUUGCCCCUUGUAUAAACUGAAAUGGUGAAAAAUCUGGAGUUUCCUUGCCGAAUCGGGACCAAACGCUGUAGAAACACACGUAUGCGUAUUGAACAGCCGCUGUGAGGGUUAUUGCUUGAAUAAAUGGCUUGAAUAAACCUGGAAAACAGGUGGAGCGCCAUCUCGCGGGGUUGGAAGCAUCUGGCCAAGACCAGUUCUGGAGAACGCUUUGAAUGUUUCCACGUUUCUAAAAAUUGUUCGGAAAUUCUGUAAUGCUGUUGCGGUUGGGGGGCGGGGGCUGUAAGCAGAAAACAGGCCUCUAGUAAAAUUUUAAAAAUA